UUAGCUGGAAACUGGAAAAGCUCCUUUCUUUGACUUAGGAGAAGAAGCAAAUCUCUUUUCAUUAAUUUACUUCAUGCCUUUUCUCCUUUCAUUUUUUCUAUAACAAAAAAAAUUGUUUAAAAAAGCUUAGAAUAGAACUGGUCAAUCACUAAAAAAAAUUUAAUUUAAUUUAAUUAUUUCUAUUUGAAAAACUAGAUUUAUACUCCUUGAAUUAUAUCCGCCCUCUUUCAUAGAGCAAAAUCUCUGCUCCAUCAUAUCUAGCUUUUGGCACUCUGCUACAUUCUCUGGGUUGACAGUUUGUUGUUGAAUAAAGAGAAAAAUGAAGGGGGAGAAGAAGGAAGAAAAAAAGCCAGUUGAAAAAGAAAAUUUUGACAUUUGUGGCCCUCUCCAUCUCACUUCGGUUGAUUGGAGAUUACCGGAACAUAGGAGGUCUUUUGCGGCAUGUAUGGUUCAAGGAGUGUUUGUUCUAGAGAGAGAUCGCCAAGAAAAUCGAACAAAGCAUGAUGCAUUAGCCCCAAUUUGGUGGAAUUUUUUCCAUUUCAAAUGCUUCCAAACCCUAGUAGAUCCAAUUGAUUCGUCCAUUUUUGGGAUCAUUUACAAGUACAAACCCCACAUCCCGAACAUUUUUUAUCCAACAGGUACACCCCCUAAGUAUGUCAUUGCAUUUCGAGGCACAAUCAUAAGACCCGAGACUCGAAAACGGGACUUCCACUUAGAUGUCAAACUCGCCUUAAAUAGGUUGGCACGAGACUCGCGAUACCAAGCCGCAUUUCUAGCAAUAGAGGGCAUAAUAGCCAAAGUAGGCCCUAAUAAGGUUUGGCUAACGGGGCAUUCCUUAGGGGCGGCUAUAGCAUUACAAGCGGGCAAAGAAUUGGCUAGACGUGGAUAUUUUAUAGAAACUUAUCUUUUUAACCCUCCUUACAUUUCUACCCCAAUUGAGAAACUCAAUGACCCAAAUUUGAAAAAUGGGGCCCGCAUCGCUCGUAGCGUUUUAAAUGCGGGCCUUUCUCUUGCUAUAAAUGGAACAAAAAACAACCCUACACCCGAACAAAAAGAUCCUUUUACAAUACUUAGUUCUUGGACCCCGUACUUGUUUUUGAACCCGAAAGACCCAAUUUGUUGCGAGUAUAUUGGGUAUUUCGAGCAUCGCGAAAAGAUGGAAGGAUGGGGAGUGGGUAAAAUUGAGAGGAUUGCAACAAAGAAUUCGGUUUUGAGUUUAUUAUCGGGAGCAUUAGGGAGAGAUCACGGUGAGGCGUUACAUCUUAUACCAUCAGCUUUCGUUACUAAAAAUGUGGUUUCUAAGGAACAAGAUUUGAUGGCUGCUCAUGGGCUUCUUCAAUGGUGGGAACCUCAUUCACAUUGGCAGUCUAAGGUUUAUCAGUUUGGUUGAGUUUCCAUUCAUCGAAAGUGGCAAGAAAUUUGUCAACAUUUUUAGUGUAAAUAAAUUAUGACAAUUUUGUGUGAACUUUUUAAGGGUAAUUAUGCUUGAUAAAAUCUGAUAUGCAAUUGUGGAUAGGUACAUAUUUAUGAUAAAUUAAUUUAUUUUGUUUUUUAUAUUACUGCAGCUUUAUAGACUUGUCUUUGAUUAUUGUUAUAUUUUUAUCGAAAAAGCUAAGAAUUUGGGUACACUAUUGAAAUCUAUUGAACUUACACUUGUACAGUCUUACACCAAAGAAA